AUGGCGACCGGUGAGGAAGCCUUGGAUUUGGGCGAGCACCACAUUCGACGCAAGAUGGCGGCGGUCAAGUCCCGGCAGAAGGAAGGGAGUCACCGAUUGGACGAGACCAUUAGGUCGAGCCGGGAUAUGUUCCUUGCAGGGACACCUGCAGCCACGGCCAUGAGCACCACUUCUGGUGGCUUCUUCAAAAAGAAGCCUCACGGUGAAGGAGCCUUUGUGGGGCAACAUGCGAAUGAGCUCUCGAAGUUCAUGAAUGCUGAGUCCCUCACUCGGCAGAAAGAGGAGACGAACUAUGCGAUACCGACCUUGCGGCAAGUCAUUCGGGUAGAUGACACCAUCGAAAUGAAGCAGAUGGUCAAAAGUCAGCUCUGCGCGCUACCGACGGAUCCCACCCUGCGAGAGAAGGGGCCGGCGGGAGACUUCGCAUCUUGCAGUCUCAUCUGCGAGACGGCGUGCCGCCCGAACGUGGCGACGCGACACGAGUGGCGCGACCGGCCGGCCGUGCUUCUUUGCCCGUUUGAUGGAAGAGGCCGCGAAGGCAGGUAUGGCAGGCCGGAGGUGGAGACCACUUCGGCCACACCCUUCCGGAAGAUCCUCAUCGCGAACCGCGGCGAGAUCGCCUGUCGCAUCCACCGUGCCGCCAAAGCGCUAGGUAUCGAAACCGUGGGUGUGUGCACCAAGGAGGACGCCAAGGCCCUCCAUCCCACAGUCGUGGACAAGGUCGUUGAGCUUCCACCCGGGAGCAGUCCAGUGGCGCCAUAUCUGGACGCCGCGAACAUCGUGAGGAUCGCGCUCCAGGAAGGUUGUGAGGCAGUACAUCCAGGCUAUGGCUUUCUCUCAGAGAAUGAGGCAUUCGUUGCACUCUGCGAAAAGAACGGAGUGAAAUUUGUCGGUCCUUCGUCCAGCAUCAUUGACUUGUUCGGCGACAAGACCAAGGCCAAAGAGGCCGCGGUGAAGGCGCAGAUCCCGACGCUGCCGGGCAGCCCUGGUCUGAAGACGGUGGAGGAGGCGGUGGCCUUUCUCAAGGCACAGCCCAUGAAGUUUCCAUUGCUCCUGAAAGCCGCCUUUGGCGGUGGUGGCCGUGGGCAAGCCGUGGUGGAACGUGAGGAAGAUUUCGCCAAGGAGUUUGAGAAAUGCAGCAAGGAGGCCGAAAUGAGCUUUGGACGUCCUGAAGUCUUUAUCGAGAGAUUCCUCGCAAAGGCCAUGCACGUGGAGGUUCAAGUGCUCGGCGAUGCCAGGAAGUGCAUCCACUUGUUUGAGCGCGACUGCUCCGUGCAGCUGCGAAAGCAGAAGGUGGUUGAAAUUGCACCUGCCAGAGGCAUGCAUCCGGAGCUGCGGGAGCGAAUUACUUCAGCUGCGGUGGCACUCUGUGAAUCUGUGGGAUAUCAGAAUGCUGGCACCGUUGAAUUCUUGGUUGAGGGAGAUCUCCGGGACAAGGCGGCCGGCUUCUACUUUCUGGAGCUGAAUCCACGAAUUCAAGUGGAGCACACCAUCACAGAGGAGAUCACGGGCCUCGAUUUGGUGCAGACGCAGUUCAAGAUCGCAGGUGGCAUGACACUGGCAGACCUCGGCUUGGACCAGAAGAAGCUCAGCUUUCAGGGCUUUGCCAUUCAAGUUCGUGUGGGGCUUCUGCCUGGAGGUGGUGGACAGGUUCAGGACUACAAGGCGCAGUUUCCGGCGAGGGUGGAGACAGCGGUAGGUCCUGGCACAGUGGCUGUGACAGACUACGACCCCAUGAUUGCCAAGCUCAUUGUUUGGGGCAAAGACUUCGAGCACGCCUUGCAAGCUGCUCAUGAGGCUGUGAAUGGUUUCAAAGUCGAUGGCCUGAAGAUCAACACUGACUUCUUGAAUCGCAUUCUGGAACACCAGGACUUCAUCAGGGACACGGUUCACACCACCUGGGUGGAGGCGCAGAAGCUCCACUUGCCACCCAAGGCCAGCACAGCAUCCUCGGCGGGCGGAACUGUGCAGGUCGAUGCUCCCUUCCCGGCGCAAGUCACGGAGGUCAAAGUGAAGGCGGGCGAUGUUCUCUCCGCUGGCAGCGUGCUGGCGGUGCUGUCCGCAAUGAAGAUGUUGAAUGACAUCGUGGCAGAACGGCCGGGGAAAGUGCUGGAAGUGUUGAUUCAGCCAGGGCAACAGGUGAAUGAGGGCGCUCCUUUGUUUCGCUUGGAAGCCAGUGGCGAUGCACCUGCAGAAGUCGCGGAGCUUCUGCCCCGGACGGUCCGGAAGACGGAGAGCGGAACCACGGGAUACCGAGCUUUGCCCAGCGCAUGGUUCAGCAGCGGAAGCCCGGAGGAACAGCUCUACGAGACACCUGUUCUCAGGAGCAAAGCCAAAGACGAUGAUCCCGUCUUUCAAAAGCGCCGGGAGUUCAACAAGUCCGUGGUGACGGAACUCCACAGGAGGAUCGAUGUGGUGAGUCAUGGAGGUUCUGAUCGAGCUGUGAAGCUUCAUCGAAGCAGAGGGAAGCUUCUGGUCCGCGAACGGAUUCGAAAGAUCAUCGAUCAGGGCACUGACUUCCUGGAGAUCUCCGCCCUCGCAGGGUGGGAGAUGUACGGCGGUGGAGUUCAUAGCGGCGGCACCGUGUGUGGCAUUGGCGUGGUGAGCGGACGUGAGGUGAUGUUCAUCGGCACAGAUGCGACCAUCAAAGGUGGCGUUGCCUUUCCAGUUGGCUACAAAAAGUGGCUUCGAGCACAAGAAAUUGCCGAAGUCAAUUAUUUGCCCUGUGUGUAUCUCAUCGACGGCGGUGGCGCCAAGUUGGACGCACAAGGGAGCUCCAAAGGCGACGCUCGAAGAGAUUGGACCUACAAUGGAACUCUGCCAGCACAGUUCGUUGAGGGCGGCCGGCAGUUCUACAACCAGGACGGCACAGCGCUUCUAUGGCAUUCAGCAGAUUGCAGUGGUUUGUGGCAUGUGCACAGCAGGAGGCGCAUAUACUCCUGCAAUGUGUGA